GUAGAGUGUUAUUGAGGGUGGAGGAGAUGAUUUGGAAAAUGGGUGAGGAUGGAGAUGAGAGAGAAAAAAGAGUGGCACUGGAGCCUGAUGACUGAUGCCCCACAAAAUACACCCCAAUGCUACCCUGAAGGUUGGAGUACAGGAACUUGGAAUAUUCUGGAGGUAGUGUCAGCUUCAGCAUGGCGUUUUGAGAGUUGCUCUUCGGGAUUUUGCGUUUGAGAAUCGGAGAUGCUGCUUCCAUCACAACUCAGGAACAAAUGGAGACUGGAAGACAAGCAACAGAGGAUUUGACAUCAACAGACAGAACUAGAUCCUGAGGCCUGACCAAGCCCAGGAAUGGCUCUCACUGAACUGAAAUGGACUUUGUUUCAGGCCAAGGCUCUAGUCUGCUCACUGCUGGUCCACCUUUGUCUGCACACAGCCACAGGAAUGUCAGGGUGGGGUGGAUGUUUGGACGGUCAGGACAUAUUUGCGUCAGUCAGAGAGAACAGCUUUGCGGGCGAAGUUGUUGCUGAGCUCAUAGCUGACACCACAAUAGAGGGGAUACACUGGAGCCUGGAUGGAAAGGAUGCGGACUGGUUCGUCUUGGAUGAAAGACACAUCCGGCUGAACACAUCAGCGGACAAGGUUCUUGACCGAGAGGCCCAGGGUCCUGUCCUAAUGGCUGAGUUGUCCUGUUAUGAGGAGGACACACUUCAGAGUGUGUACAGGAUCAUGGUGGAGAUUGUUAAUGAGAAUGAUAACUCACCUGUGUUUGCAGAAAACACUGUCCAGUCUCUUAUUAUCAGUGAGCUGACUCCAGUGAAUACCGUGGUGUUUACUGUCCAGGCCACAGAUGCGGAUAACGACAAGAUCAUUUACUCUGUCGACCAGACAUCACCGGAUGCGGAGUACUUCAAGGUUGAACUCCCAAACAGUGGAGAGGUGAUCCUGUCCAAGCCUCUAGACUAUGAGACCAAAACACUGCUUAGUGUUACCAUCCACGCCUCGGAAAUGAGCACCGCUGAGCGCUUCAACACCAGCACCAACAUCACCAUCACCGUCGUGGAUGGAGAUGACCAGUAUCCACAGUUCCUGCCCUGCAUCCUUCUUUUCCAAGAUGAUAUCAGUCGCAUCUGCACCAGCCCCGUGUACACAGUCAACGUCACAGAAGGGGAAGAGGACGUUGUGCUGGACUUCUCUCCUGGUCCCAUUCAUGCAGUGGAUGGAGACAGAGGACUCAGCUCUCCUCUCAGUUAUGCCAUUCUCUCAGGAGACGAUGAUGGCCGUUUCCUGAUGGAUAGAGAGACAGGGGAGUUGAAACUGACUCGUGGGGUGAGAGACAGACUCACAACUCCAGCGCUGCGUAUUCAGGUCAUGGCAUACCAGGAUGAUGACCCCAGGAAGUACUCUGUUGCUACAGUGUUGGUCCAAGUCUUGGCAGUGAACCAGUUUCAUCCAGAGUUUGAGAAGGCUGAAUAUCAUGGCUUUGUUACAGCUGGAAGGAACGCUGCCUCUCUGGUCAAUACCUAUGGCAGCAAAGCACUGAUGUUACAUGUACAAGACCAGGACUUUAACCACGGUUUCAACCCCAUGAUCUACUUCACCUUAAGUCCUACAUCCAAUUACACAGACAUCUACCAACUCACACAGCAGGGGCUUGUGAUCGCCAGGACCAAUCAACUCAAACCAGAACAAAAACACAUUCUAGAGGUAACAGCUAUUGACAAGGAGUCAGGUGAUGCCACCUCCACUACUGUAGUGAUCGAGGUGUUAUCUGAAGGACAAUCAAUCCCUCGUAGUCCACUGGGAGAUGAGCGCCUGACGGGAUGUACUGUGGGCAAAGCGUUGUUCCUGAGCGUGGUAUUCAUGACUGUACUUGGAUUUAUCUUGUCUAUCGUGAUGUGGUUGAAGAAGAAACACAAGGGAAAGAGGGACCCACUGGAGAGAGGCUGUGUGGCCCAGGGCAAACACCCCAAUGUGAGCUUACGGUGGUUCCAACUGGUGAGUCACCGCAGUGCCAUGCCACACAUGGAGGAAGUACCUUUUAACAAUGAGGAAUAUGGAACUUGCAAUCCUUCCUUCAGUUUCCCUGAAAAACCUACUGUCUACACCCACCAAGACCAUCCCUCCUGCCAAGGACCCGUUCCUCUCAAAACGACUGCUGCUCCUGACACCAGCUUCAUCCCCACUGAAAGUGUGUGCAGCCCUGUGAUCUUCAAUAACGACGUUUCUACACCAACCAAAAGCUCCUCUAGUUCACCCACCUUUCACCCAGCCACUGUGGAUGUGAACCCUACACACAUAGCUCAGGAUGCUGCCCCACCCAAAGAAAACCUUGACUCACCACCUGCUACAUCCCUGGACCCUACUGAGGCACUACCUAACACCAGUCCAAGCCCUGCAAUCCAUGAUGCCACUAGCACUCCACCUUUCACCUGUCCUGAUUCCCAAAUUACACAAACAACCACCAAUGAUGACCCUGCUGACCCUGUCACCAGCCCCUCCUCUCACUCCAGUUUUCCAUGCAGUCACACCCGGGUUGCUUCAGGAGAAAUAGACAAACCCUUCUGCAAACCUUGUGUGAAGACACCCCCAUAUUCACCUUUACUGCCCUCAUCCCUCCCCCAGCAAACGAGCACACCCCCACCCAUCCCAAAGCAUGCACCUUUAAAAGCUAAGCUGGUACAUAUGGAUGCGUCACCCCUUGAUACACCUCCAGUGACACCACAGCGAACAUCUAUGACUCUUAGGACAGAGGUAGACCAACCCUCCACUUCACUGGACCAAACAGACCAAUCAGAAAACCCAGGUGCAGACGGUGGUAGUCUAUCUCACGACAGAAGGCCCUCAGCGAACUCUGGAAACACCCAGGAUGGCCACGCGAUGGGGGAUGAGGAUGAUGAUGGUUUUUUGGGAGAUGAAGAUGCAGACAAGAAUAGUGAGGGUGAGGAUGAAUUAGAGCCAGACGAAGAAGAGCUGUUGAGAGUGAUGGCUCGUUGUAAUCCCAUUUUUAUCACAUUUAGUAAGUGAUGUUACUAUAAUAUCGUAAGCACUGAGAGUGACGGGGCGGAUGGACAGACAGCGAAAGGUGGACAGGUCAUCGAGCAAGGAAGAAACACUACAGUCUGAUUCUGCCGCGCUGUAGGUACUGCCAAGACUUGGAAGAGGACAGAAUACUAUACAUACACAAGAUACACAGCACAGGGGCCACAUCAGGAAAGACACGCAUAUGUUCACAUAUAUGUAUGUAAACACACAAAACACACAAAAAGACUCAACAACACACAUUAAUGUUGACAAAUUCUAAUACACAAUGCUGUUACAUUCAUACAACAUAAUUAGUCUAGAUGACAGUGAUAAGUGACCUUGAAUGCGCAAGGCACUGUUAAGAAAAUGUUUUACAUCACACUUAUUAUAUAUAAAUUAUUUUAGCUUUUUCAACAAUACAACCUAUUCACCCACUGUAACAAUGGCACACGUAUACCAACUUGUCAUUACUCAAAAUAUAUUCUCUUUGAUUGCUUACAAACAAUGAGAUUGUAUUCUCUUAAAGGGUAAAUCCACAAGAAAUCACACAAAACUUCUCCUCACUGGAGUUAAAAUUAUAUAACGGCAGAAAGUCUGACCAGACAUUCCAAUCAGUGAUGUCACAGUGGGUGUUCUAUUUCAGCGGUCAAUGGUAAAACACCUGCUAUGACAUCACGGGAGCACAGAAUGCACAACCAUUUAAAGUCACAGAGAAAAGUCCAGCGGCUGUUUUGGACCCUGUGUGGUUCUGUGUAGAAUUACCCUUUAAAGAGCUGCAGAGUACUGUAUGUUCAAAACUUUUACAUAGUGUACUCCAGCGUUACUUGUUGGAUUUUGC